AUUCAAUUAUCAAUAGUGGUGGUGUUAGCGUUGGUCGGUUGGGUUCACCUCCAAAACCCAAAACGAAUGGCUUGGGCUCUUCUUCUCCCUCCUCCUCUCACUCUCCCAAUCACCUCUUCUUCUUCUUAUUCUUCUUCAUCUUCUUCAUCAUCAACCCACUACAUAAUCACCAAGAACAGGACUAUCUCUGUUGCCAAACACAACAAUAACAGAUACUACAAUGGAAGUAGAAGAGCAAGUGGAAUCGUCGUUAAAGCUUCAGCCAAGAGCGACGACGACGAUGAUACGCCAGCAUUCAAUCCUUUUGGCUUCGUCACCGAUAACCCUUCCAGCCGAAGCGCCAUUCAGCUUCCCGAAUCUCCCGCUGAGGAUGGAAAUGUCGGCCAAAUGCUCAAUAGGAUAGAAGACAAGGGAAAAGAGUACGGGUCUUACAUCAAAUCUGGGAAAUUCAGAUGGUUUGUGAGAGAAACAGGAUUGCCUGAUAGCAGACGUGCAACCAUCGUCUUCCUUCAUGGGGCUCCAACACAAUCUUAUAGCUAUCGAGUUGUUAUGUCUCAGAUGGCAGAUUCUGGGUUCCACUGCUUUGCACCUGAUUGGAUAGGAUUUGGUUUCAGCGAUAAGCCACAGUCAGGAUAUGGUUUUGACUACACUGAGAAGGAAUUCCAUGCCGAAUUUGAUAAAUUACUGGACGUCCUGGGGGUCAAAUCUCCUUUUUAUCUUGUAGUUCAGGGAUUUCUUGUAGGUUCGUAUGGAUUAACUUGGGCUUUGAAAAACCCAAGCAGGAUAUCCAAGCUUACAAUCCUGAAUAGUCCACUAACAGUUUCAUCUCCCAUUCCUGGACUGUUUCAACAGCUCAGAAUUCCUCUUUUAGGUGAAUUUACUUGCCAGAAUGCUGUGAUGGCUGAGCGCUUUAUUGAAGCAGGUAGCGCUUAUGUCCUAAAGCUGGAAAAGGCUGAUGUUUAUCGACUACCAUAUUUGUCUAGCAGUGGACCUGGAUUUGCUCUGCUUGAAUGUGCGAAAAAAGCCAACUUCAAAGACAUCUCAAGCCAAAUUGCAGCUGGCUUUGCGUCUGGAAGAUGGGAUAAACCGAUAUUAGUUGCCUGGGGAAUAUCGGAUAAGUAUCUUCCUCAAUCAAUAGCGGAAGAAUUUCAAAAAGGAAACCCUACUAUUGUCAAGCUGAAGUUGAUAGAAGGUGCUGGCCAUAUGCCACAGGAGGACUGGCCUGAGAAAGUUGUUGAUGCUUUGCGAUUCUUUCUCUAAUCUUGCUGCAUAAAUCACCGGUUUACAUUCAAAGUUGGGCUUGUGCAAGCGUUAUUAUUUAGCUUCUGAGCUGUUGAUUGUACGAAAGUUAUGUUUGCUUUCUUCAUACAAGAAAUAUAUAUUUUUUGUAAAUGUAAAUAGAAUCAAUUUCUGCCUCUUACUACUACACUAGAGAAAAAUAUAUCUUUUUUGUAAAUGAUGUUUGCAUGCUGUUUUGAUGAAAUUAUGUGAUUUAUGAGCA